GUUUUCCGAAGAGUAUUGGGUUAGCCUACUUGCCUUUCUUGGGGGGGGGGGCAAAAGAAGAAUCUAAAUAUAGAUACUUUCAGCUUGGGAUAUUUGAGGCUGAACUCUGCUGAGAAAAUAUACAUAACAAUAAAUGCUUUUCGGAGCUAUGUUCUGUAGCAAUGCGUAAUGGGUUGUUCUUCUCUGGUGGGGGUUAUGCAGAUAUCCUCCCCCGCAUUGCUAAGAGAAUGGUCCAUUCCAAAUUAAGGAACAGGGAGGGGUUACCCCUUUCCAUGCGUGCUUUGCUCCCAGUUUGGGAUUCCUUUUUGCAAAGCCUCUAAAGAGAGAGAUAUAUAUACAGUGUAUAUCCGUAGGAUGUUGCUUCCACUGUUACAGAGAACGCUACCCAGAGUGGGGUGAGUUUGGAUUAUUGGGGGCGAUGGGGGAGACUAUUUGGGGAGGGGGGCAAAUCCUCUCUUUCCUGUCUUGAGUUCCAAUUUUCCAAGUGUGGGGCAGUCAGGCUGAAACCACCCCAUCGCAGACUGUGCUCCUGUAUAUAAUAAUAAUAGCAGCAGCAGUAGUAGUAGUAGUAGUUUAUUAUUUAUACCCCGCCCAUCUGGCUGAGUUUCCCCAACCACCCUGGGCGGCUUCCAACAGAAUAUUAAAAUACAAUAACCUAUUAAACAUUAAAAGCUUCCCUAAACAGGGCUGCCUUCAGAUGUCUUCUAAAAGUCAGAUAGUUGUUUUUCUCUUUGACAUCUGGUGGGAGGGCGUUCCACAGGGCAGGUGCCACUACUGAGAAGGCCCUCUGCCUGGUUCCCUGUAACUUGGCUUCUCGCAGUGAGGGAACCGCCAGAAGGCCCUCGGCGCUGGACUUCAGUGUCUGGGCAGAACGAUGGGGGUGGAGACGCUCCUUCAGGUAUACUGGACCCAGGCCGUUUAGGGCUUUAAAGGUCAGCACCAGCACUUUGAAUUGUGCUCGGAAACGUCCUGGGAGCCAGUGUAGGUCUUUCAAGACCGGUGUUAUAUGGUCUCGGCGGCUGCUCCCAGUCACCAGUCUAGCUGUCGCAUUCUGGAUUAGUUGUAGUUUCUGGCUGGCUUUUAUAUUGGGUAUUGCAGAGCCCCUCUUAUAGAAGUCUGAAAGUGACCCACCCCCAUUUUGAAAGGAAGGUCUUCUUGCCACUAUCUGAUCAUCCUUCGGGAUGGUGGUGGGGAGCCUGGAGCCCUUAGUUCUAGGGGUAUCUCUGGAGUAACCUCCUUCCUUGUCUGCAAAAGUACCCCUCCAGUAAACAAAGAUCAAAACUGGGCAGUCCCUUCUACUUUUUGGGGGGAGGUAGGGAACCUCCUAGUAGCCUCCCCAGGAAUUACUUUUCUAUUCAUUCCUCAAUGAAUAGCCCCCUUCUACUGAUUCCUGACGUAAGGGCCCCUUCCAGAGUUUGUCUGCAAGCCUAACUUCACUUAACCUGUGAGUUACGCUCCAUUCAAUUCAAUGGGACAUUUAUGUAUACAUGGUUAGGAUUUCAGCCAUGAUCUCUUUCUGUCUCCUGGAUCUUACUCUCUUGUGCUGUUUUAAGGAUUUGCGGUUUCAAACUGUCAGUAAACAUUCUAUUGGUGGGUGGUAGCAGGGGAUUGAGAUCUGUAUUUGUUGAGCUGUGUCUCACAUUAGCCCUUCUUUGAGUAAACUCAGAAACUUAAUGGACAUUGUCAAACUUGAGACCAUUAAUUUCAGUAGGUCUAAUCUGGGUAAAACUAACCCAUAGUAUUUAUCUCCUGGGACAGGCACCCGUUUCCCUCUCUUUUUAUCUCCAGAAGCCUUUCGCUUUCUGAGACUUUGACCAUGCCCGAAAAGAGCAAUUUCCCCAAAUUCAGAUAACCUGGAAAAAAACAGACUUGGGGGAGGGGUUGUUAGGUGUGUUUCCCUCUUUCCCUAGGCAGUCAAAGAUUUUGCAAGGAGCUUCAAGGCAAGAACUUUGACAGAGGUCGGGUGGCUGCUCUGAUGAAAUUUUCUGGCCUGUCGUCAGCAAGUGGAAUUUUUUCUUUCUCCCCCCCACCAGCAAAAGAACUUCAGUGGGAGGUUAAAAGAUGAUUCUAGCGCUUAAAAAUUAAACUGCAGGAGGAAAACUUCUGCAUUUUUGCCCUUCAGAGUGCUUGCCUUAACUUUAUUUGGAAAAGAAUUAUAGGCUUUAAAUUAAAAUGCUGAUCCCAGGCUUUACUGCUAAAUUCAUUAUUAUUGUUAAUUACCCAACCUUCACCCUAAGGCGAUCAGGUCCUUAAGGUGGUAAAACCAACACGUGAUUUUUAAAAAGACGCACUUGUGUUGUUGUUUUUUAAAAUUCAGACUGAAAUAAAAAUGAAAUAAAAUAUUUAAAAAGAUAGCAACAGGGCGAUAGUUCCCAUUCAGCUUUGGCAGACUUGGCCAAAUGGAAACAUCACAAUUUUGGUGUGGUCUUACCAACUCAAAUCAUUUGUCCAUUUAGUUCAGUGCUGUCUACUCUGACUGGCAGCCGCUCUCCAGGGUUUCAGGCAGGGGGAAUCCCAGCCCUAGCUAGAGAUGCUAGUUAUUGAAUCUGGGACCUUCUACUAUGCCCCUUUCAGAUGCAGCUGAACUACAACUCCCACCGCUGCUGUCUGUGCUUGCUGGGUCUGCCAGGAGUUGUAGUUCAGCAACAUCCAGGGGGCCUUAAUUCUUAAGUCUAUCUCUUGCCUCCCGUUGACAUAGACUCCUGGUAAUUCCAACAGUCCCACAGUCCUGUUAUCUCUAUCUGCCUCGCACCUUUCCUUUCCUUAUCGCAGCUAAUGAGGGCUUGGAUUUUAUCAGCGCUUGCAUGAGAUAACAGACCGGCAAAGCCACCAUCUUAGGAAAGCAAACAUAGGCAGCCGGUCUGCUUUCCCCAUGUCUCUCCAACUGCAUUUGCCCUAAAGUUCUUGAAGAAAAUUCGAGCUGGCUCGCCGGCCCAGUGCAGAGAAGAAUGUCAAACUUUGCACCAAGACGCACAGGUCCAGCUACAGUCUGCUGAGCAAACUGUUGAACUUUGGACUGAAGGCCAAAACGUUGGGCAGGCUGCGUUGGCAAUGGCAGCCUCCCUGUAGCAAGAUCUUUUGCUAGCGCUGUUCAUAGCUGUCAACCGUCCCUUAUUUGGCGGGAAAGUCCCUUAUCCCAGCGCUGUGUCCCGCUGCUGUCCCUUAUUGAUGAUGUCCCUUAAAUUUCCUGGGUUUCAAAGGAAGCAGCUCCUCUCCUUCCCUGCCUGCCCGCCAGGGAGGAGGGAGGCUCCAGCUGUGUUGCUUGGCUGCGUUGCUCACCCAAUAAGGAGUCUAAGAACGACUGGGGGGUGGAGCUUGCAUGCCUUCUGCCGAUCAAAUCGGCCGUGUUGCCUGGAGACUCACCUUUGCUCAGCGCUUCCCAGCGGAGAGGUGACAGUGGUUUUCCUUGCUGCAUCCCCUUUGCCGGGUUGCUGCGCUGUGGGAACCACUACUUGAGGCUUCAUUUGGCUGCUGGCUGGGCUUUCUGCAUUUGGCUCGGAGGGGCUCAGAAGUUGAACAUACCUGUGUUCGGAAAAUUCCUUAUUUUGGCUGCUGAUCCCGUAUUUUCGAGGCUGCAGGUUCCUUGUUUUCAAAUCUGUAAGUUGACAGCUAUGGCGCUGUUGUGGAUGUCAUUCUGUAGCCGUCCUCUGCCAUGGGCUUCCUGUAAAAGAACCCAGCAGCUUAAUAGGGGGUAAUUCCCAAAGGGACCCAGAACUAACAUUUCUCCCUUUUCUUUCUCCCUUCUCCCACCUGCCCCCCUACCAGGCUGCGAUGGCAGCACCGAGCCACUGCAGAGGUGGCCAACGAACCCAUUUUGGCAUUCAAGUCCGGCAGCCCCGAACGAGCAGCUCUGCAGAAGGUACUGCAUAGAGGAGAUAUACGCACUUUGGGCAUCUUUGAACUUGACCAUCACUUGCCUUUACUGCCCCUCACUGCCUCCGUCACAACUCUGCCUUCUUUUAAUGCCAGAAUGGGGAAGCCUUGGCCCUCCAGAUGUUGCUGCCACGGCUGAUGGGAAUUGGGAGUCUAGCAACAUCUGGAAGGCCCACAGUUCCCCCAUCCCUAAACAAGACCAUCACUUGCCUUUACUGCCCCCAGCUACCGUAUUUUUCCAUGUAUAACACGCCCCCGUGUAUAAGACUAAAAAUUGGGGACUAAAAAUUGAGAAAAUGGGGGGAGAUUGCCAGUUGCUGAACUUUUUGGGGGGGAAUUGCCUAGACUUGUUGAAAAUUGCUCACCCGCAGGACUGCCACAACCAAUCACACACACAUCCACAAAGCCACCAAUCAUCUGCACACUCGCUGAAAGCAAGCACCAAUUGCCCACCCAAUUGCCACAGCAACCAGUAGCCAGCGGACCUUGACGCACCCACCAAUAACACGCAAAAACGCCGCUGGCAAUCUCCUACUCGUGGCAGCCAACAAUCGCCCGUCCCAACUCUCCACUAUCCGUGUAUAAGAUAAACCCCAAUUUUUUUGCAUAAUUUUAAAAUAAAAAACCUUCACCCUAUACACGGAAAAAUACGGUACUUCCAUCAGCUACUGUUUUCCUUGUGCAUUUUUUCCUUGUUCAUACCUACUUCCUUGGGUUAUGGGGCUUUUCAUGCCAAAGCGUUUUUACUGUUAUGCCAACUUAGGUACCCUAAUUCGAAGCAUCCUCAGAUUUUGCAUCCUAUUCAACUUCUAGAGUGUCAUGCUGUUUUGGAAGAAGUUAAAGGUAAAGGUAACUGUUAGGUCCAGUCGUGACUGACUCUGGGGUUGCACGCUCAUCUCGCUCUAUAGGCCGAGGGAGCCGGUGUACAGCUUCCGGGUCAAGUGGCCAGCAUGACUAAGCCGCUUCUGGCGAACCAGAGCAGCGCACAGAAAUGCCAUUUACCUUCCUGCCGGAGCGGUAUCUAUUUAUCUACUUGCACUUGUGCUUUCGAACUGCUAGGUUGGCAGGAGCAGAGACCGAGCAACGGCAGCUCACCCCGUUGCGGGGAUUCGAACUACCGACCUUCCGAUCGGCAAGCCCUAGGCUCUGUGGUUUAGACCACAGUGCCACCUGCGUCCCUUUGGAAGAAGUUACAUAACCCUUAAUCUUACUUAUACAUGUAUGGGUCUGAGUGACAGACGUCUUUGUUACAUAUCUUUAGGCACCAGCCAGAAACAUUCUUUCCCCUCCAGGCCUUUGGCUACUUCAACCAUCUAUGGCCUUUUAAACUGUGUUAUUGUUUUUGUUUGUUACUAUGUUACGUAUUUUUAUGUUUUUAUGUUGUAAAUUACUCUGUGAUCCUUGGAUAAAGGGCAGUAUAGAAAUUUAAUUAAUAAUUGUAGUUGUAAUAAUAAUAAUAAUUUUAAUGCAGAGAUGGGGAAUGAACCCAUGGCUUCCAGAUAUUGCUUAACUACAGUUCCCAUCCGGUGUUAGAAACUAAGAUAUAUAAGCUGGGCACCAAAUGGCUCUUAACUCUUUCUGUAGACUCUAAAUGAUUUGAAAGGCAAGACCGAAUCCAUCCCUUGUGUCGUCGGAGGAGAGGAGGUGUGGACGGCCGAUGUGAGGUAUCAAGUCUCGGUGAGUUCCGUCGGCAAACUUCCGCUUAUAUUUGCAUUUUGUUAGUGGCCUGACAUAGCCCUGUGAUGAAUUUUCCCUCCACUUCCCAAAACCACUAAGCUGUCAAGAUUUUGCUUUUAGAUUUUGUUUGGGAAGGAUACCCUCUCUGUCUUUGGAGCCUGUGGCGAUGUAGCUGUUUGAGUGUCAGGCUAGGACCUGGGAGACCCGGGUUCAAAUCCUGACUCAGCCGUAAAGCUCUCUGCGGGGACCCUGGGGGCCAGUUGCUGCUUUUGCCUAUCUCGCAGGGUUGUUGCUGGGUUUAAGUGAGGGCAGGGAGGAACUAUGUACACCCCUUGAGCACCCUGGAGAAAAAGGCGGGAUAUAAAUCUAAUGAAAGAAAAGCUUGUUGGGAUUAGUUGCUACCUGGGUAGCCCUUGAUGUGAGCUUGAAAUACUCCUUGAAAUAUCUUCUGGAAUGCCAAUGGGCUUUAUUCCUAGCUAAGACUACUGCUAUCCUAUAUAAACUUAGGUAAAAGUAAAGGGACCCCUGACCAUUAGGUCCAGUCGUGGCCGACUCUGGGGUUGCGGCGCUCAUCUCGCUUUAUAGGCCGAGGGAGCCGGCGCACAGCUUCCGGGUCAUGUGGCCAGCAUGACUAAGCCGCUUCGGGCAAACCAGAGCAGCGCACGGAAACGCCGUUUACCUUCCCGCCGGAGCAGUACCUAUUUAUCUACUUGCACUUUGACGUACUUUCGAACUGCUAGGUUGGCAGGAGCAGGGACUAAGCAACGGGAGCUCACCCCAUCGCGGGGAUUUGAACCGCCAACCUUCUGAUAGGCAAGCCCUAGGCUCUGUGGUUUAACCCACAGUGCCACCCGCGUCCCUGUAUAAACUUACCUGGGAGUAAAUCCUGUUGAACCUUGGGAGACGGGGCUGGUUUCUGAGUAGACGGGCAGAACGUUACUAUAAGGACCUCCAAAAAUACCUUUCUUUUCUUUUUCAGCCUUUCAACCAUUCCCACAAAGUGGCCAAAUACUGCUACGCAGAUAAGGUGAGCAGCGCCUGCGUCGGAAGCCGUGUCUAGAGGCAGAUGUGCUGCUUGGGCACGGAUAAUUUCCUGGUGGCAGAAAUGGGAUUUCCUGCAUGCUCUACCUGUUGAGCUACAGUCCCUCUCUUACCUCCCACGGCGGCCAAUCAGAUGCCUCUGGUUGGCCCACCAGCAGGGUGCAAAACUCCCCAACGUCCAGUACUCAGAUGAAUGCCGCUGUCCUGUGGCAGGGAAUGUCGCCGGUGCUGUGUGCAUCGAACGGCGGAGGAAGUUAUUCUCUCUUUCUAUUCUCUUCAAACUGGAUUUAAUAAUAAUAAUACAUUUUAUUUAUAUCCUGCCCUCCCCAGCCGAAGCCGGGCUCAGGGCUGCUAACAACAAUAAAAUAGUACAACAUUCUAAAAUCAUUUCAUUAUAAAAUUAAUUCAACUCAAAUUGAUGGCAACCAUUAGGCUAAAGUUCUGUGAAGAUUGCCAAAGGAGGGAGUCAGGCUGUGCCCUGACCAAAGGCCUGGUGGAACAGCUCUGUCUUGCAGGCCCUGCGGAAAGAUGUCAAGUCCCGCUGGGCCCUAGUCUCUUGUGACAGAGCGUUCCACCAGAUCGGAGCCACAGCCGAAAAAGCCCUGGCUCUAGUUGAGGCCAGCCUUACCUCUCUGUGGCCUGGGACCUUCAGGAUGUUUUUGUCUGAAGACCGUAAGUUCCUCUGUGGGACAUACCAGGAGAGGCGGUCCCGUAGGUACAAGGGUCCCGUAGGUACAAGGGUCCUAGGCCGUAUAGGGCUUUGAAGGUUAAAACCAUCACCUUAAACCUGAUCCUGUACUCCACUGGGAGCCAGUGCAGCUGGUAUAGCACCGGGUGAAUGUGAUCUCGCAGCGAGGACCCCGUAAGGAGUCUUGCCGCGGCAUUCUGCACCCGCUGGAGUUUCUGGGUCCAGUCUCAAGGGCAGCCCCACGUAGAGCGAGUUACAAUAAUCCAGUCUGGAGGUGACGGUCGCGUGGAUCACAGUGGCUAGGUCAGGGGAAGAGAGGUAAGGAGCCAACUGCUUAGCUUGGCGGAGAUGAAAAAAUGCCGCCUUUGUUAUAACUGUAAUCUGCGCCUCCAUGGAAAGGGAGGUGUCGAAGAUUACACCCAAACUCUUAACGGACGGUGCUGGCACUAAUUGGGCCCCCGCAAGAGAUGGGAGUUGCCCCCCCAAUCCCAUAUCGUCCCUUCCCAGCCAAAGGACCUCUGUCUUCAAUUUAUUAAUUCUUAUAAACCUCCCCUGUCGUCUUCUCUGCCAACCAGGACUUGCUGAACAAGGCCAUCAAAGCCGCUGUGGCUGCCCGAAGGGAAUGGGACCUACGGCCUGUCCAGGACCGUGCAGAGAUAUUUUUCAAAGCGGCCAACCUGCUGAGCGGUCCCAGGAGAGCGGAAAUCCUGGCCAAGACUAUGGUGGGACAGGUGUGUGGUGUGUCGCGGGUCUAAAACCCCAGUAGGCUGUGCAAGGGAUUAUGGGAGAUGUUUCUGUGGUUAGGACCCUCCUCUGCAUUCCCGCGUGCUGUGUUGAGUUAGAAACAAAAAUCUGAAAGAAGAAGCAAUAUCAUUUGCUUAUUUAUUUUUACUAAAAUAUUAUAUACAGUGGUACCUCUGGUUACGUACUUAAUUCGUUCCGGAGGUCUGUUCUUAACCUGAAACUGUUCUUAACCUGAAGCACCACUUUAGCUAAUGGGGCCUCCCGCUGCUGCCACGCCACUGGAGCAUGAUUUCUCUUCUCAUCCUGAAGCAAAGUUCUUAACCUGAAGCACUAUUUCUGGGUUAGCGGAGUCUGUAACCUGAAGCCUAUGUAACCCAAGGUACCACUGUAUUAUGAGAGAGGGCAAAAGCUCUCUUUAUUCACGAUGGCAGAAAAUCUCCGUAAUAUCUAUCUAUCCUUUCCUUUAGUCACCUUCCUGCUAAAAAAAAUUACAGGCGAGAGUCAAAUGCUUUCUCUUUUUUCCUCGCAGGGAAGAUUGUGGCCCCUCCUGCAUGAUUUGCCCCUUUCUGUAUCUUAAAAAUGAUUUUCAGUUUAUUUUUAGGGCAGAGAUGGGGAACCUGUAUACAGUAGUCCCUUGGAUUAAGAACUUAAUUCGUUCUGGAGGUCCGUUCUUAACCUGAAACUGUUCUUAACCUGAAGCACCACUUUAGCUAAUGGGGCCUCCCGCUGCCACCGCCACGUGAUUUCUGUUCUCAUCCUGAAGCAAAGUUCUUAACCCGAGGUACUAUUUCUGGGCUAGCGGAGUUUGUAACCUGAAGCUUCUGUAACCUGAAGUGUAUGUAACCCGAGGUACCACUGUACAGACUCUGCUAAUCCAGAAAUAGUACUUCAGGUUAAGAACUUUGCUUCAGGAUGAGAACAGAAAUCGUGUUCCGGCGGCGCAGCAGCAGCAGGAGGCCCCAUUAGCUAAAGUGGUGCUUCAGGUUAAGAACAGUUUCAGGUUAAGAACGGACCUCCGGAACGAAUUAAGUACUUAACCCGAGGUACCACUGUACUGCUUGAUUGCAGGGGGUUGACCCUUGGCAGCCCCUUCCAACUCUACAGUCCUUGGAUUGUAUGAUUGCAAAAUAAAAGAAACCCAAUCUUUUAGCGCCUAGACUUUGGAACUCCCUGCCUCUUGACACCGGGCAAGCAUCUUCACCAUACACUUUCUGCUGAAAAUGUUUUUGAUUAGGCAAAGCCGAUCCAGGCACGUGGAAUGCUUGCGAGGGUUUUGACCCGAUUUUCAACACCUUGUUGAUUUUUGUUAUUUUUUUCCCAGUGUUUCAAAUGUUUGAUUUUAACUUUUCUUUUUAAAGUAAUAAUUUCAUUGUUCUGUUCAUUUUUUUUUAUGAACGCCGAACAAGUAUUAUGUGGUAGCUCUGCGUUAAGGGGAGGCAAGCAGAGGCCUGUGUGGAUAAGGGACCGAACAUGAACUUGGAAGAAUGGCAACUUUGGAAGGUUUUGUUUGUUUAAACCAGGCAAAGACCGUCAUCCAGGCAGAGAUUGACGCGGCCGCGGAGCUCAUCGACUUCUUCCGUUUCAAUGCCAAAUACGCCGUGGAGCUGGAGGAGCAACAGCCGCUCAGCGUUCCCCCCAGUACCAACAGCAUGAUCUAUCGGGGGCUGGAGGUGGGGCACAAAGGUUGUUCCCCCCUGGGGUGGGGUACCCUGUAUGCGACAGUCAGGAUAGAGACCAUUGUGACUGCGGGGGCGGGGAGCGGGUUGGACCAGAAAAUCCUUGAGGGUUCCUCCCAACUCUGUAAUUCUAUGAUCAUAAAGACAACAAUCCAUGCACAAUCCUGGACAAUUCUGUGCCCAGGGCAGCUGUUUACCAGCUCCAUCUGGUACGCAGGCUGAGACCCUACCUUCCCGCAGACUGUCUCGCUAGAGUGGUGCAUGAUCUAGUUAUCUCCCACUUGGACUACUGCUAUGCGCUCUACGUGGGGCUACCUUUGAAGGUGACCCGGAAACUGCAACUAAUCCAGAAUGCGGCAGCUAGACUGGUGACUGGGAGUGGCUGCUGAGACCACAUAACACCGGUCCUGAAAGAUCUACACUGGCUCCCAGUACGUUUUCGAGCACAAUUCAAAGUGUUGGUGCUGACCUUUAAAGCCCUAAACGGCCUCAGCCCAGUAUACUUGAAGAAGCAUCUCCACCUCCAUUGUUCUGCCCAGACACUGAGGUCCAGUGCCGAGGGCCUUUUGGCGGUUCCCUCGCUGCAAGAAGCCAAGUUACAGGGAACCAGGCAGAGGGCCUUCUCGGUAGUGGCGCCCGCCCUGUGGAAUGCCCUCCCAUCAGAUGUCAAGGAAAUAAACAACUAUCUCACUUUGAGAAGGCAUCUGAAGGCAGCCAUGUUUAGGGAAGCGUUUAAUGUUUAACAGACCACUGUAUUUUAAUCUUUUGUUGGAAUCCUCCCAGAGUGGCUGGGGAAACCCAGCCAGAUGGGCGGGGUAUAAAUAAUAAAUUAUUAUUAUUAUUAUUUAUUAUGUGCUUUGCUAAAUGGCGUUCGCCCCCCAACUUCUGACCAUCUUAUUAGUCCCGCCCACCCACCUUUUCUGACUUCUGCAUGGUUUCAAGCUCUCCUGUGCACAAUGAGGGCUAGAAGCUUUGCAGGGUUGUGUGUUUUUUUAAAAAUGAAAACGAAGUUUCUCAGGGAGCUGCAGCCCUGUGCAUAUUUUUUAAAAAAGAUGCUACAGAUGCUUAUGCGGGCUCAUUCGCUCGCUCGAUCGCUUGCGCCUUCCCCUUCCCCCCCAGAAACUCUUCCGUGGCUGCUUAUUCCACGGUCCUAAUUCAUCCUUUUCCCCCUACUCCUGCAGGGUUUCAUUGCUGCCGUCUCCCCCUUCAACUUCACCGCCAUCGGAGGGAACCUGGCAGGAACUCCUGCUUUGAUGGUGAGUAAUCGGGGGGGGGGGUGCGCCCUGGGUGGCUCUUUGGUGUUUCGUCCUCCCCCCACCAGCCAGUGGCAGGGGGAGUUUUGGGGAGAAGUGUUUCUCUCCCCUCCCCUCUCUGUGCAUCACGUAUUUCUACACCCAGCCCUGUGCUUUUUGAACACCAGGGGGGGUCCCUCCCGCUGCCCGCUGAGCUGAGCAUCUCACGGGGAAAGCGUUCCGGUUCUUAAACAUCACCCUCCCUCCCCUCGCCAUCCUCUGGACAUUUUAAAAAAAGGUCUUUUUUUUAACACUAGGAUACUUCCUCAAAGUUUGCUAGGCAAUCCUGAGACGGGGAGGAGAGUGGGUUAGGGACAAAAGCACCUAUCCAAAUCUCUCAAAUUCAAGAACGUAAGAAUUUAGGAAUAAUCAGGCCACUGUCCCAACUAGUCCCUCAAGCGCAAGGGCCUUCUCCCCUCCUGUAGUUUUCCGCAAAAAGAGAGGUUGGUAGCCAUCACUGCCUCCUGUGGCAGGCAGUUCCAUAGUUUAUACACUGCAUGAAGAAGUUAUUUCUUUUAUCUUCCAAUGUUCGGCUGCGUUGGAGGAGUUCUAGUGUUAUGAGAGAGGGAGAAAUAUUUUCUCUCUCCGCUUUCUCCAUGCCACACACAAAUUUGUAAACUUCUAUCAUGCCCCCUCUUCCUUGCUUUUUCUCAAAACCAUGAAAGGUUACAUCAUUUGGGACUUUUUAGAGCAGGGUUUCCCAAACUUGGGUCUCCAGCUGUUUUUGGACUACAAUUCCCAUCAUCCAUGACCACUGGUCCUGCUAGACAUGGAUGAUGGGAGUUGUAGUCCAAAAACAGCUGGAGACCCAAGUUUGGGAAACCCUGCUCUAAACUAAAAAGUCCCAAAUGAUGUAACCUUUCAUCGCAGGGGAGUCUCUCCUCCCCCUCGAUCGCUUUAGUUGCCCUGUUCUGAACCUUUUGAAACUCGACAGUGUCCUUUUUGAGUUGAGGCUCCACCUGGGAAACUCUUUUGUAGCUGCAGGGCUCAUCCCUGCCAUCUCCAGGUAGGCUUGAGAUGUCCUUUUUGUGAAGCCCUGGGAGCCGCUGCCAGUCAGUGUAGACAAUACUGAGCUAUAUGUACCAAUUGGUCUGAUAAGGCAGCUUUCUGUUCAGGGUUCAGCCUGCUGAGUGAGACCACAGCGAGCCCACCUGUUCUUGUCUCCUACUGUUUGUCUCCAAGUGACUGGCAUUUUGGAGAUAGACUGCCCCCGUACACAAAGGCUCCAUUCCAUGCCACAGUGGCUAUUUAAGAACACCCAAAGGCCCAAAGUCAAGCCAGCCUCCUGCUUCCCACACCAGCUGAUCAGACGCCUCUGGGAAGCCCAUAAUCAGGGCACGAAGGCAACAGCCCUCUGCCCUUGUUUCUGCAAAGCAGCUGGCAUUCUGAGGUACACGGCCCCUGAACUUGGAGGUUCCAUUUAACUGUCCUAACUAAAUACCAAUUGCAUUGCAGGCGGGUGGACUAGAAUCCCUUCCAGCUCUACGAUUCUAUGAUUCUGUGACAAAUCUGAUUUGCUUUGUGGCCUUUGCUUUCUCCCAGGGGAACGUGGUCCUCUGGAAACCUAGCGACACAGCCAUGCUCUCCAGCUAUGCCGUCUACAAGAUCCUUUUGGAAGCGGGGCUCCCGCCCAACGUCAUCCAGUUCGUCCCGGCCGACGGCCCCGUUUUUGGUGAUACAGUGACAGCCUCGGAGCACUUUUGUGGACUCAACUUCACCGGCAGUGUACCGUGAGUUAGGACGGGUGGGAGACCUCCUGUUUGUAGGCUGCCACCGAUUUGAAGUUGUAUUUACAGGUUGUUCUAUUUCCUGUUCAUAGGCUGCCACUUCCUGGAAGUCCUGUUUACGGGAUGCUCAGCUUCCUGUUUACAAUCUUCCACUUCCUGGAGGUCAUAUUUGUGGGCAGCUCAGCUUCCUAUUUAUAGGCUGCCACUUCCUGGAAGAGUUGUUUACCGGGAUGCUCAACUUCCUGUUUACACACUGACACUUCCUGGAAGUUGUAUUUGCAAAUUUCUCAGCUUCCUGUUUAUAGAUGGAUACUUCCUGCAAGAUGAAUUUGCAGCAUGCUUGACUUCCUGUUUAUAGGUACCACUUCCUGGAAGAGUUGUUUACGUGUAAACAGCUUCCUGUUUACACACUGACACUUCCUGGAAGUUGUAUUUGCAAGCUUCUCAGCUUCCUGUUUAUAGACUGAUACUUCCUGCAAGAUGAAUUUGCAGCAUGCUUGACUUCCUGUUUAUAGGUACCACUUCCUGGAAGAGUUGUUUACGUGUAAACAGCUUCCUGCUUACACACUGACACUUCCUGGAAGUUGUAUUUGCAAGUUUCUCAACUUCCUGUUUAUUGGCUGAUACUUCCUGGAAAGUGUGUUUACGGGUUGCUCAACUUCCUGUUUAUAGGUUGACACUUCCUGUCCGUGGCAGAGUGCAGGAGAGACAAAGCCAGAAGUACUUCAUUUCGUUCUCUCUCUCUCCCCCCUCUUUUUUUCUUCUUUUUGAUUUCAAGUGUGACCAAACUCUUGCUUUUCAAAACAAUAAAAAUGCUAAUGCUCUCACACCAGGAGUCCCACACUCCGGCGCUAAUUUAUGAGCUCCCCACCUUUUAAGGAGCAGGGGCGCAUCCGAGCGUGGCGCUCGUUCAGAGGUUUAGAGGAGGCUGGCGCUUUUAAUAGCCUCGCAGUCUUCUGAGAGCCAGAGAUUGCAGGAGAGGGGGGUCAGGCCGGGGUGGAAAUGGCAACUCCCGCUCGCCCCAGAAAACAGCAAAUUGUAAUGGGAGGGAGAGAGAGAAUCUGCUGAUGCAGCCUCUGCCAGAAAUUAAGCGGCUGGCUGGUGGCAAACAGAGAGUUUGGUGCCCUGAGAAUUGUAGAAUUGUUAGAGAUGGAAGGGACUCCACAGGGACAUCUAGUCCAGCCCCCUAGAGAUUGAACCCAGGAUCACAUACAAUAUGUUUAGGGGCAGGCUUGACAGAUCGAAACAGAGAUUAUGUGUGUGUGUAACAUCACUGUUCAUACGAACAUCGGAAGAGCCUGAGUUCUGAAAUUCUGCAUCAUGAGAAGUUAUUUUCCUCCCCUCCUUUCCAGAACCUUCAAACGCCUCUGGAAGCAGGUCUCCGAGAACCUGGAUCGGUACCGCACCUUCCCACGGCUUGCUGGGGGUAAGCGUCUGAUGUGGGUGAUGCUGCCCCAAUUCUCCACGGAGGCUGGAAAGACUUGAGUUGUUCCUUGCAUGAGUUGCUGUUAUUUACUCCUUUCCUCCAAGGAACUAAGAACAUAACAACAGCCUGCUAGAUCAGGACACAUGGCUCAUCCAGCCCAGAAUCCUGUCCUCACAGUGGCCAAGCUUGAUGCCUCAGUGGGAAGCCCACAAGCAGGAUCUGAACCCCAGAGCCCUCUCCCCAUCCUGCCACGUUCAGCAACUGAUAUUCAGAAGCAUAGCUGCCUCCAGCUGUAGCCAUUGUGGUUGUUAGUCACUCAGUGAAUGCAUGAACUGCUCAGGAAGGAUGGAAAUAAACCGAUCUGCGCUGUGCGAUGUGCAGCGAACCUUUGGAACUCCCUGCUGCAGGACCUGAGCAGAACAGCAACUCUCCCCACCCCUCAAGGCUCUUAGGAGAGAGCACCCUUGUGCUUGAGCUUUGCUUGUGGGCUUCCUGUAAUGGGCAUCUGUUUGGCCGCUGUGAGUACAGGAUGCUAAGCUAGAUGGCUUGAUCCAGCUGGGGGCUUCUUAUAUUCCUCCGGGAGGCAUGUGGAUUGGAAGGCUGAAAUUCAGGUGAUGGUUUGCACGGAGACUCCGAGUUGCCUUCUGCCAUGUUUCAUUCAUUCAUUAUAGAACUGUACAGUGGACGCUCGGCUUGCAAACAUGAUCCGUGCGGGAUGCAGUUUCGCAACCCGCAGCGGCACGUCUGUGCACACGUGGGUUGCGAUUCGGCGCUUCUGCGCAUGCGCAAAGCACGAUUUAGCACUUCUACGCAUGCGUGACCGCCGAAACCCGGAAGUCACCCAUUCCGGUACUUCUGGGUUUCGGCAGCCUGUAACCCAAAAAAAGGCAACCUGAAGCGUCUGUAACCCGAGGUAUGACUGUACCUUGGUUUUCGAACAGCUUAGUUCUUGAACGUUUUGGCUCCCGAAUGCCGCAAAACCAGAAGUGACUGUUCCGGUUUGUGAACUAUUUUUGGAAGCCGAACAUCCGGCUGGGCUUCUGAUUGGCUGCAGGGGCUUCCUGCAGCCAAUCGGAAACCGUGCUUUGGUUUUCGAACGUUUUGAAAGUCGAAUGGACUUCCGGAACGGAUUCCAUUCGACUUCCAAGGUACGACUGUAUUUCAGUGCUGCUUUUCACUCGCUUGAGCCGCAAAGCGGUUUUGCAUACGGUAAUAACAUAGCAGAGCGUCACGACCGCAACAUAAAUUAUAUAAAAAACAAGCAACAAUUCAAUGUUUGAUGGGGGGAGGAUGUUUGUGUGAGGAUUUCGGCUCCCAGAAACUGCAGGAGUGUCACCGCUGGAUUCGGGUCGUGCUCAGGGUACCAGGCUGGCCACUCUGAGAAGAGGACGCUGGGCCAGGGUCCUGAUCCAGCCACAGGGCUCUUCCGACGUUCUCACAAAGCACGGAAGUCAACGCCAUUCUGCCGCUCAACUCCUGUGCCAAAGUCUCCCUUCUCUCUCCCCCUCUGCGCAGAGUGCGGCGGCAAGAACUUCCACUUUGUCCACUCCUCGGCGGACGUGCCCAGCGUGGUGAGCGGGACCCUGCGCUCGGCCUUCGAGUACGGCGGGCAGAAGUGCUCGGCCUGCUCCCGCCUCUACGCCCCCGACACUCUGUGGCCCCGCAUCAAAGCCGCGCUCCUGGAAGAGCACCGGAAGAUCAAAGUGGGCGAUGUGAGUGGGAAGACUCCUCUCCCGCUGAAGGGGCUUUGCGGCUCAGCGGGUGGCUGAUGGGAUUAGAGGCUGCACUUGGCUGGCUGCUAAUUCCCAUUGAAGGCACCUCUUUAUCCCCUGCUUUCCCCCUCCCCGCUUUCGGGACCAUCCCUGCCCCCUCCCCGCAAUGCCUGACACCCCCUUUCCCUACAGAACUCUCUCCUUCGUCCUUAGUACAGUGGUACCUUGGGUUACAUACGCUUCAGGUUACAUACACUUCAGGUUACAGACUCCGCUAACCCAGAAAUAGUACCUCGGGUUAAGUACUUUGCUUCAGGAUGAGAACAGAAAUUGUGCUCCGCCAGUGCGGAGGCAGCGGGAGGCCCCAUUAGCUAAAGUGGUGCUUCAGGUUAAGAACAGUUUCAGGUUAAGAACGGACCUCCAGAACAAAUUAAGUACUUAAGCCGAGGUACCACUGUACUCUCUCUCUCUCUCUCUCUCUGUCUGGCAAUUAGGAAUUGACUUGUUGCCUACACAGGCAAGGGUUGGUUGCACAGAACAGACUAAUUUUAAAAAAACAACAACCGCUGCCUUUUGCCAUCCCUCCCUUUUUCUUCAGAAAGCUAUUGAUGGCUACUAGCCAUGGUGGCAGGACGCGGGUGGCGCUGUGGGUUAAACCACAGAGCCUAGGACUUGCCGAUCAGAAGGUCGGCGGUUCGAAUCCCCGCGACGGGAUGAGCUCCCGUUCCUCGGUCCCUACUCCUGCCCACCUAGCAGUUCGAAAGCACAUCAAAGUGCAAAUAGAUAAAUAGGUACCACUCUGGCGGGGAAGGUAAACGGUGUUUCCGUGCGCUGCUCUGGUUCGCCAGAAGCGGCUUCGUCAUGCUGGCCACAUGACCCGGGUAGCUGUACACCAGCUCCCUCGGCCAAUAAAGCGAGAUGAGCGCCGCAACCCCAGAGUCGGCCACGACUGGACCUAAUGGUCAGGGGUCCCUUUACCUUACUAGCCAUGGUGGCAGUUCUCUGGCUCCACAGUCAGAGGCAGAGAUGCUUCCGAGUCCCAGUUUCUGGAAACCACAGGAUGAGAGAGAGGGCGCUUGCUCCUAGACCCCACUUGCAGGUUUCCCCUUUGGGGCAGCUGUGCUACUUACUGGGCACUGCGAUUCUGGGCUACUUGGGCCAUUGGCCUGGGUCAAGGCCGCAGGGUGGAUUGCAACGUCAGAGCACAAUAUUGCAAGCGGUCGCAGUCACAAAAACAGGAGGGGUCCCCAAAACGUGGUGGCUCCCCUUCCAGCCCUAGAUGGCGAGGGUUGAACCUAGAUCCCUUCCCCAUCCAAAUCUCGUGCUCUGUGAUUCGUGUCUUCAUUGAGCACAUUCACAGAGUGCUUUAACAAUCCGUCCUUUUUCCUGAGGAACUCUGGGAAUUGUAGCUCCGUGUGGGAAAGAACAACUCUCAGCACCCAUAACAGACUACAGCUCCCUGAAUUCUUUGGGGAAAGCAUUGAUGAUAGUAGCUUCUGUACCUAAAGACACUGAACUUCAUUUGGCAAUUAAUUACAUUAGUUUUGGCCAUUGCAGAUAGCGAGAUUAAUAGUUUUUAGUGGGACUCGGAACUGUAGUGUGACGGAAACAGCGCUGAUCGCAACAAAAAACCCCAUCUGCACUGAAAAUUUGAAGCAUUAUCAUGUCACUUUAAACAUUCAUGGCUUCCUCCAAAGGAUUCUGGGAACUGUAGUUUGUUAAGGCUGCUGAGAGUUGUUAGGAGGUUCCCCCAUUCCCCUCCCAGAGUUACAAUUUCCAAAGCAGUUUAGCAAUCAAUCCAUCUUCCCAGGGAAUAACUUGGGAGGGGAAGAGGGAUCUCAGACCACCCUCAGCACCUUUAACAAACUACAGUUCCCAGAAUCCUUCAGAGGAAGCCAAAGCGGUGUUGAAAUGGUAUCACAGUACCUUCAACGUAAGACAUGAAUGCAGCCCUCACUUUGGUGGGAGAUGGGCAGAACAGAAACCAAGAGGCAUCUCACAUUUUUUUCUCCCUCGUUUGGUUUUCUCCCCAGCCGACAGAUUUCGAGACGUUCUUCUCUGCUGUCAUCGACCACAAGGUAACGGGCUUCAUUCGUAUCUCUUUUCCGGUCGCUCCAGUAUUUCUGUACGGUGAAAUCGGGAUUUCUCUAUGGAAAUUCCGUCUCUGUGCACCUCUGACUGCCCCCUACGCUGGUUUUGUUCAUUUAUCCUUGCAGGCUUUUAGGGUGCUGUAGGGUUGAUCUCAUUGGCUCAGUAGACUCUGUCCUAAGCUAGUGAUUCCCUGCCUGUCUUUUGCUCUAGCGCCACCUGCUGUUUGGCUCCCUGCCUUCUGCCCUACUGGGCCCAGUGGGCGCCAACCGCCAUCACUAAUGGAGAAUUGUAUGGCCAAGCUGGGAUUCUUGCUUAUUUUGAGCAUCAUACCGGAUUCUAGAUUAUGGUUUCUGUAAAAUCCAUUUUGUGUCUUAGCUGCUGGUAGCCGCCACCCCACGGCUUUUUUUGAGAAAGAUUGGGAUGCAACAAAUUUAGCAGCAGCCAUAACACAUGUGCACACUCCUUAUCCUUUGGCCACUGCUUGCCCAGCCUUUUGCAGACCGAGGGCCACAUUCCCUUCUGGGCAGGCUUUCGGGGGCCACGUGUCAUGGUGGGUGGGGGCAGAGGCAAAAGUGGGAGGGGCAAUAAAGGUAAAAUUUGCCUUUGUGCAAUAGGGUUCUUUCAGGGCCGGAUUUAGGUUUGAUGAAGCCCUAAGCUACUGAAGGUAAUGGGGCCUUUUAUACGUCCUGCUGUCAACAACAAAUUGUCACUUUUUUGUGUUGAAUAUAUGCUAUAUGGUAAUUUAUGGACCUACACAACUGUUGCUGUAUGUAGGUUUUAUUUUAUUUUAUUAUAUCUUAUAUUUUGGAAAUGUGCAUCCAGUUUUUCCCCCCUUUAAAUUUUUUUGGGGCCCCCAAGAGAGUGGGGCCCUAAGCUAUAGCUUGUUUAGCUUAUAUGUAAAUCCGGCACUGGGUACUUUAAUAAAACAGUCGCAUGUCCUUCUUUAUGUCCCCACCCAAGGAAGGAAGAGGCAUUUUCAGAGUUCAAGGGAAGCACUUCCCAACCAGGCUAAAAGACUCUAGUGGGGUGCAAAGCAGGACCAGUGAGGGGUGUGGCCUCAGAGGAGGAGGGUGGCCUGGCGAGAGUCCUAGGGGCUAGACAGAGAGGCUUAGAGGACCUCAAAUCAACCCCUGGGCCUGAGACCCCCAUUUAUUUACUAAUUAACUUGGCUAGUUGCUUUAUCUUGCCCAAGGCAACCCAGAGCAACUUACAACUACACCCCUGCAACAUAGAUGCAUUAAAAUCAAGGUGGGGAUGGGGAAAUGCGUCUCACCCACUUCUCACACGCCACAGAUAGAGGUGGAAGGCCUGGUUGAAGAGUAAUGUUUUUGCCUGGUGCCUAAAGGUGUAUAAUGAAGGUGCCAGGCGAGCCUCUACGGGGAGCCACUGCAGAAAAGGCCCCGUUCUUGUGUUGCCACCCUCCGGACUUCUCACAGAAGAGGCACGUGAAGAAGGGUCCAGGGUCCAGGUCGCUUUUAUGGGGAGAGUCUCUCCUUGAGGUAUUGCGGUCCUGAGCCGUUUAAGGCUUUAUACAUCAAAAGCAGCACUUCGAAUUGGGCCCAGAAACAAAUUGGCAAGCAGCGCAGCCAGGCCAGGAUCGGUGCAAUAUGCUCACGCCGUCUUGCUCUGGUGAGCAACCUGGCCGCCAAAUUCUGGACCAGCUUGAAGCCUCCAAACCACCCUCAGAGGCCACCCUAUGUAUAAUGCAAUUGCAGUAAUCUAACCUAGAGGUCUUUGUCCAUGGAGUUUUCUUGGCAGGGAUACUGGAAUGGCUUGCCAGUUCCUGCUCUAGGUGGAUCACGUUUGGUCAAAACUCUCCACUAUGACCUGUCUAUCUUGGGUGGCCCUGCACGGCAUAGCUCCUAGCUUCUCUGAGUUAUUCAAGCUCCUUCGCCACGGCAAGGCAGUGAUCCAUGAAGGGGCAGUGACAAAAUCAAAAGACGCCUGCUUCUUGGGAGAAAAGCAAUGACAAACCUAGACAGCAUCUUAAAAAGCAGAGACAUCACCUUGUCGACAAAGGUCCAUAUAGUUAAAGCUAUGGUUUUCCCAGUAGUGAAGUAUGGAAGUGAGAGCUGGACCAUAAAGAAGGCUGAUCGCCGAAUAAUUGAUGCUUUUGAAUUAUGGUGCUGGAGGAGACUCCUGAGAGUCUCAUGGACUGCAAGAAGAUCAAACCUAUUCAUUCUGAAGGAAAUCAGCCCUGAGUGCUCCCUGGAAGGACUGAUCCUGAAGCUGAGGCUCCAAUACUUUGGCCACCUCAUGAGAAGAGAAGACUCCCAGGAAAAGACCUUGAUGCUGGGAAAGAUGGAGGACACAAGGAGAAGGGGACGGCAGAGGACGAGAUGGUUGGACAGUGUUCUCAAAGCUACCAGCAUGAGUUUGACCAAAAUGAGGGAAGCAGUGGAAGACAGGAGUGCCUGGCGUGCUCUGGUCCAUGGGGUUACGAAGAGUUGGACACGACUAAACAACUGAACAACAACAACAACCUAGAGGUUACCAGAGCAUAGACUACAGAGGUUAGUCUAUCCCUGUCCAGACAGGGGUUCAAAAGACGUUCAUGGCUAUGGCAGAUUUUUGCCCUUCUGCAAUGCAGGUUGCUGCUUAGUCUUGGAAAACUUGGCGGAAAACUAGUUCACACAUGAGCAUGGAUUCAUGGCUUAAUUCCCACAGCAACUAGCCAGGCUUUCAGCAUUUCUACGGUCCCACAUAUAGAACCUUUUUGUUUCAUUUUGUAGUGUUCUUUGGGUGGUGUCGGGUCACAUAAACCAGCCCCUAAAAAUUGCAGGGUCCCAGCUGGAAGGAGUGAGCAGGCUCAAUGAGUAGGGCACCUGCUCUGAAACCCUUGAAAGCGAUUGCUGCCAGUCAGUGUAGACAAUACCAAGCUUGAUGGACCAACAGCUUUCCCCCCGAUGUGUGUCCAUGUGUGCGCACAAAACUGAGAUAGACAGACCAGUUUGGGGUGUGUUCCUUCCAGCCUGUUAUUUUAACCCUAGACAUUGCUCUCUUUUCCUCCCCACCAGUCUUUACCUGUGCACUUUCCCUGAGAAGGCGAGGAAAACCUGGCCUCAGUUUUCUCUGGCAUAAAGAGUGAUCAAUCUUAAGGCGAAGGAAGGAAUUGAAAACGAAAUUGCCAGUAUCAGGAUGCCAUUAUUGAAAUCUUUGGUCUGGACACUUUUGGAAUGCAAAGCAUGGUGCUGAUAAUGGCAAGGUUGCAGGUUCGAUCCCCUAAUGGGACAGCUGCAUAUUCCUGCAUUGCAGGGGGUUGGUCUAGAUGACCGUCAGGGUUCCUUCCAACUCUAGAAAUCUAUGAAUGUUCUGCGUCCAAUUCUGGUCGCCUCCCCACAAAAAGGAUAUGUUGAGUCGGGAAACGUGCAGAAAGGGGAAGCCGAAAUGAUCAAGGUGGAAAUGGAAUGACUCUGUUAUGAAGAAAUGUUGCAGUCCUUGGGACUUUUUAGUUUAGGUAAAAGGCAAGUUAGAGGCGACCUGGCAGAAGUUUAUAAAUUUCUGCACGGCGAAAGUGGACAGAGAAACGUUUUUCUUCCUCCUAAACUUGUGAACCUCCACUGAAGCUGAAUGUUGGAACAUUGAGGAAGGAAGGAAGUCUUCUUUUGUGCAGUGUGUGGUUAGGCUGUGGAACUCCCUCCCACUGCAUACAGUGAUGGCCAUCACUGAGGACUGGACAAAUUCAUAGAGGAGAGGGUUCUUGAUGGCUACUAGCCACAGUGACUCUGCUCUGCCUUCCACAGUUGGAGGCAGUGAUGCUUCUGUGGACAUCAGUUGCUGGAAACCACCAGAGGGGACAAUGCCGUUGUGCUCAGACGCUGCUUGUGGGUUCCCCUUUGAGGCCUCUGGUCAGCCACUGCGAGAACAGGACGCUGGACUAGAUGGGCCAUUGGCCUGAUCCAGUGGGGGGUUCUUAUGUUCCUGAAGGAAGCAGGGCCCUUAAUGAAACUCACAAAGCCCCCACCCUCUUGACUCCCUCCAACUGCAGCCAAAUUGGGGUCCUCCCUCUCUUUGGCCACCUCCUGACGCAACACUAUUUGUUCUGCAUCAUAUCUCUGUGAGUUGCCCUUCAGCCGAUCGUCUCCCAGGAUAAUCCUCAACAAAACUCCGGAGUGCAUCAGUUGCAUUGAAGGCAGUGUGGUGUAGCGGUUAUGGCGUUGGGCUAGGACCCGAGAGACCAGGGUUCGAAUUCACCCACACCCCACUUGGCCACGAAACUCGCUUGGUGGCCUUGGGGCAGCCUAAACUACCUCGCAGGUUUGUUGUGGGGAUUAGAGGAGGAGAAUGACGUCGGGUGCUUUGAGCUCCUCGGGAGAAAAAGGUGGGAUAAAAAGGAACCAAAAAAGGCCCAAAUUAGCAAACCCGUUUCCUCCUUCACCUAGGGAUAUAGGUCUGGCCUCCCCAUCCUUCUCGGACCCACAGCCAACGAUCCCACGGCCACCUGCCCUUCCCUGUCCCGCUUUCGAUGGCUCCCUGUCCCACCCCUUCCCCAGUCUCUGGGUCCUGCGUGGCAUUACCCCCACCUCGGUUCCUUCCUCGCCCCCCCUUGCUCUGCUAUCUCCACCUCCCAGGAGCUGAGCUUCCUCCAUUCCUGCCUUUUCUGCUGAGCGAAUCCCUGCUGAGAUUACGGCUGAGCCGGCAAAUGCUUUCUUUAAAGACGUAUUUUCACAGCUUAGGAGCAGGCAUCUGUCAAUAAUGAUAACCCCACCGCUGCCAUCGCCUCCUCCUCCUCCUCCUCCUCUUCGCUCCCCGCCCUCACGUUCCCCUGCUUCGCUCCGUCUAGGCACAUUUCCCCCUUCCCGUAGCCGAAGACUUUCCCUUUGAAGUCCUUUGCUUCUCCUGUUGAAUCGGGCUAAUCUCUCGUCACACCCAAAGGGGUUGGGAAGAGGCGCCACUGACCACGGGGAUCUAUCUUUGGGGCAAGUUUCUCGUUUCCCAGAAUCCUCCUCUUCUUUCCUUUGCUUGGCCCUCCUAAGAAGGUCAGGGGCGGCCACCGUCCCUUCCAUCUAGCUCAACCCCCCCCCCAGAUGAGCCAGCCCACCUUGGCCAAGGGAGUGGAGCCACCGCUUGAGGGCAUUACAGUGGUACCUCAGGUUAAGUACUUAAUUCGUUCCGGACGUCCGUUCUUAACCUGAAACUGUUCUUAACCUGAAGCACCACUUUAGCUAAUGGGGCCUCCCACUACCGCCGCGCCGCCGGAGCACGGUUUCUGUUCUCAUCCUGAAGCAAAGUUCUUAACCCGAGGUACUAUUUCUGGGUUAGCGGAGUCUGUAACCUGAAGCGUCUGUAACCUGAAGUGUAUGUAGCCCAAGGUACUACUGUAGAAUGUAUGUAGCCCAAGGUACUACUGUACAGUGGUACCUCGGGUUACAGAUGCUUCAGGUUACAGACGCUUCAGGUUACAGACUCUGCUAACCCGGAAGUAGUGCCUCGGGUUAAGAACUUUACCUCAGGAUGAGAACAGAAAAUGCACGGCGGCGGCACAACAGCAGCGGGAGGCCCCAUUAGCUAAAGUGGUACCUCAGGUUAAGAACAGUUUCAGGUUAAGAACGGACCUCCAGAACAAAUUAAGUUCUCAACCAGAGGUACCACUGUGUAACCUCUGAGCACUUUACGGAAACAAACAAAAUGAUGAAAUCGGCGAGUAUCCGAAAACUUCCGAAAGAAUUAAAACCGGCGGUCAGCCGAAGAAUGUGUGGAUAGGCAAAAAAAAAAGUUUCUGGUGGGUGCCGGAAAGGGCGCCGUGAGUUUUGGCACGUUCUGGACUUCAAAAGGCCAGGAGUUCCAAAGUGUAGGUGCCGCCUUCAUGAAAAAGAUAUUUUGCAUAGUGUACAACAGGCACCUGUAACAGUGGCAGUUUUGCAGAAUUUAGCAGUCGUGUGGGUGUCUAUUAAGGCGACCCUGUAAGCAAACUGGUCCCAAGCUAUUAAGGGCUUUACAGUGGUACCUCAGGUUAAGUACUUAAUUCGUUCUGGAGGUCCGUUCUUAACCUGAAACCGUUCUUAACCUGAAGCACCACUUUAGCUAAUGGGGUCUCCUGCUGCUUCCGCGCAGCCGGAGCCCGAUUUCUGUUCUUAUCCUGAAGCAAAGUUCUUAACCUGAAGCACUAUUUCUGGGUUAGCGGAGUGUGUAACCUGAAGCGUAUGUAACCUGAAGCGUAUGUAACCCGAGGUACCACUGUAUAUGCUAGUAAUGCCUUGUGGAGUCUAAGUAAUGUUAACCUCCUUGGUGAUGCUCGAUUUUCAGUCGACACAGUAGAGUGCUGUCGGGGUGCUUGUACCAAUCACCCAAAUGCCGGCGGUUGUGUGAAUGUGAUCUGGGUGGGUGCAGGACUUGGGCCUUCCUUCACAAACCCACCCAAAUUUUGUAGGGCGGGGAUGGAAACUGCCCGUGCCAUAAUGCCAUUAUACAAACCUGUGGUGCGACUGCAUCUGGAAUACUGUGUGUCGUUCUGGUUGCCUCCCUUCAAAAGGGAUAUUAUAGAGUUGGAAAAGAUUCAGAAAAGGACAAGCAAAAUAAUCAAAGGGGGGUGCGUGUGUGGAGUGACCCCUAUGAAGAAAGGUUGCAGUGUUUGGGACUUUUUGAUUUAGAGCAGUGUUUUCCCAAACUUGGGUCUCCGGCUGUUUUUGGACUACAAUUCCCAUCAUCCAUGACUGCUGGUCCUGCUAACUAGGGAUGAUGGGAGUUGUAGUCCAAAACAGCUGGAGGCCCAACUGGUUUAGAGAAAUGGUGAGUAAGAGGCGACCCGAUAGAAGCUUAUAAAUUUAUGGGUGGCACGGAGAAAGUGGAUAGAGAAAGGUUUUUUUCUCCCUCUCAAAAUAACACUAGAACUCGUUAGGCAUCCGAUGAAGCUGAACGUGGGAUAUGGUAAUUCAGGACAGAUAAAAGAACUUCUUUAUGCAGCACAUCGUUAAACUACGGAACUCCCUGCCACAGGAGGCAGUGAUGGCCACCAGCUUGUGUGGCUUUAAAAGAUGAUUGGACAGAUUCAUGGAGGAGGAGAAGACUAUUGAUGGCUGCUAGCCACAGGCAGCCAUGCUUCUGAAUGCUAGUUUCUGGAAACAGUGGGAAGAGUUUGAAGAGUUUGGAUUUGAUAUCCCGCUUUAUCACUACCCAGGACGCGGGUGGCGCUGUGGGUAAAAGCCUCAGCGCCUAGGGCUUGCCGAUCAAAAGGUCGGCGGUUCGAAUCCCCGCGGCGGGGCGCGCUCCCGCUGCUCGGUCCCAGCGCCUGCCAACCUAGCAGUUCGAAAGCACCCCCGGGUGCAAGUAGAUAAAUAGGGACCGCUUACCAGCGGGAAGGUAAACGGCGUUCCGUGUGCUGUGCUGGCUCGCCAGAUGCAGCUUGUCACGCUAGCCACGUGACCCGGAAGUGUCUCCGGACAGCGCUGGCUCCCGGCCUAUAGAGUGAGAUGAGCGCACAACCCUAGAGUCUGUCAAGACUGGCCCGUACGGGCAGGGGUACCUUUACCUUUACCUUUACCUUUAUCACUACCCGAAGGGGUCUCAAAGUGGCUAACAUUCUCCUUUCCCUUCCUCCCCCACCAACAAACACUCUGUGAGGUGAGUGGGGCUGAGAGACUUCAGAGAAGUGUGACUGGCCCAAGGUCACCCAGCAGCUGCAUGUGGAGGAGUGGAGACGCGAACCCGGUUCCCCAGAUUACGAGACUACCGCUCUUAACCACUACACCACACUAGCUCUCUGAAGGGGAAGAGGGCUCUUGUGACCAGAUCCUGCUUGCUGGUUUCCUGUUCUGCCACCGUGAGAUGGUGGACUUGAUGGGUCGUUGGCCUGAUCCGGAAGCUUCUCUGUAUGUUCUUAUGUCCUUCUUCUCUUCCAGUCUUUUGAGCGCAUCAAGAAGUGGCUCGGCCACGCUGAGACGUCGUCGAACCUCAGCAUCCUGGCUGGAGGCGGGUGCGACGAUAAGGUUGGGUAUUUUGUCCAGCCGUGUAUUAUUGAGACGAAGGACCCGAAAGACCCCAUCAUGCAAGAGGUGAGUCUUCGAAGGGGGCAGUGUUUCUUGCCAGGGGAACGUUGAGCGUCCUCUGUGGCUCACAUAUACAUUUCGUGUGAAGCUGGAAAGCGGGGCCAGGUGUAGCUAGGAAGUCACAAGAUCCAACUUGGAUGGCUUUGAAAGGGGAAUGAAAAAAUUCGGGGUCUGUGUGUGUGUGUGUUUGCAUAAUAAAUAAUAAUAAAUAAUAAAAUUUUAUUUAUAUCCCGCCCUCCCCAGCCGAAGCUGUGGCUAACAACAAUAAAAUAAUACAACAUUCUAAAAUCAUUUCAUUAUAAAAUCAGUUCAAAUCAAAUAAUAAUAAAAUUUUAUUAUUUAUUAUUUAUUAUUUAUUUAUGACUGUGCUCUGCCUCCACAGUCAGAAGCAGCAAUGUUCCUGAAUACUGGUUGCUGGAAAUUGCAAGAAGGGAUUGGGGAUUGGGUUCAGGUCUCGCUUGUGGGUUUCAUCAGGCUGGCCACUGAGAGAACAGGACGCUGGACUAGAUGAGGCAUGGGCCUGAUCCAGCUGGCUGCUAAAGCAAAAAUUGCCAACAGUAUUUGUGUCCCCCCCCCCCCACAAACACAGCUUCCAAGGUGGGUACCAUGGAUGAAGGCAUUUACCCUACUCUAGAAAGGAAAAGGGACGCGGAUGGCACUGUGGGUUAAACCACAGAGCCUAGGGCUUGCUGAUCAGAAGGUUGGCGGUUCGAAUCCCUGCGACAGGGUGAGCACCCGUUGCUCGGUCCCUGCUCCUGCCAACCUAGCAGUUCGAAAGCACGUCAAAGUGCAAGUAGAUAAAUAGGUACCGCUCCAGCGGGAAGGUAAACGGCGUUUCCGUGCGCUGCUCUGGUUCGCCAGAAGCGGCUUAGUCAUGCUGGCCACAUGACCCGGAAGCUGUACGCUGGCUCCCUCGGCCAGUAAAGCGAGAUGAGCGCUGCAACCCCAGAGUUGUCUGCGACUGGACCUAACAGUCAGGAGUCCCUUUACCUUAGAAAGAAAAAAGCCUUUGAUCUGUUAAGACUGGAGGCAGAAACAUUUUAUGUUGGAUCUCACGUUCUACUCCGGGAAAAACCCCAGGGGUCGUUGGACUCCAGGUCCCAUUAGCUUCAUCCAGUAGGGACAAUGGUCAGGGAUGAUGGGAGCUGUAGUCCAGCAGCAUCCAGAGAUCAAUAGAUCGCCCAUCUCUGCACUAUAUGAUGUGAUGGAGGUAGCCGGGGGGCAGUGAAGGCAAGCGAUGGAGGCAUCUAGGGACAGUAAAGGCAAAAGUGACAGCCUGGUUCAGGGAUUGGGAACUUGCAACUUGCAACACAAAGAGUUGUUGGGGCUCCAGCUCCCAUCAGCUUUAGCCAGGCUUGGCCAGUGGUCUGGGACAACGCUGGGAGUUGGAGUCCUACUCAGAGUAGACCCAUUAUGUGGCAUCCAGCUAAGUUCGACUCUAGGUGUUAUCUAAGCUGAAUGUUGGAAGGUUUGGGACAGAUCCUGAAGAUCUGCAGAUUUAGACACUCACACCAACGCUGUUCUCAGAGAUGAAUCUCUUAUCUCUUAUCUUUUGCCCCCUAUCUCCUUCCUCCCCCCCCCCAAUAUUCAGGAAAUUUUCGGGCCCAUCCUGACUGUGUAUGUUUACCCGGAGAGUCAGUACAAAGACAUCCUUCAGCUGAUUGACAACACUUCUCCGUAUGGCCUCACAGGGGCAGUGUUUGCCCAAGAUAAGUAAGCACUGGAGUCCACCCCCCCACCCCCCACAGGGUCUCAUCCUGACCACAUUUGCCAGCAUAGUACAAAUGAGGUGCUGCGAGCAAGUCAAGAGAGGAGGAACUAAUUUUAUAUAGGGUUUUAAUUUUAUAUAGGUAUGGAUUUUGAUUCUGGGCCGUCUUUCCAAAACAAGGACCCACUUUUAUUAUUGUUCCUUAUUAUUUCAUUGGGUUGGUACCCCACUUUUUCCCCUCCGAGAAGAGCUCAGUGCGGUGUGCAUGGUUCUGUCCGUGCUCAUUUCAUCCCCACAAUGACCUUGUGAGGUAGGUUAGGCUGAGAGAGGCACUGACUGCCCCCCCCCCGGCACAUCCAGUGAUUCCAUCCCUGGUCUUCUGGGUUGUCUGUGUGACCUGUCGCGCAGGUGUGGCCUCGUGCUGUCUUAACAUGAUUUCCUCCCCCCACCCCCAUUUCUAUGUCUCUUACAGAGCCGUCAUUGACGAAGCGUCAAAGGUCCUGAGGAACGCAGCCGGCAACUUCUACAUCAACGACAAGUCAACUGGCUCCGUCGUGGCGCAGCAGCCGUUCGGAGGAUCCCGGGCCUCAGGUGUGCGAGAGCGAAAGUUGGGUGGGGUUUUGCACUGGGUGGGGCAGCGCAGAACCUUCUUCCUCUGUUUUAGUCACCUUUAAAGCCCUAAACGGCCUCGGUCCAGUAUACCUGAAGGAGCGUCUCCACCCCCAUCGUCCAGCCCGGAUACUGAGGUCCAGCUCUGAGGGCCUUCUGGCGGUUUCUCGCUGCGAGAAGCCAAGUUACAGGGAACCAGGCAGAGGGCCUUCUCGGUAGUGGCACCCGCCCUGUGGAACGCCCUCCCACCAGAUGUCAAAGAGAAGAACAACUACCAGACUUUUAGAAGACAUCUGAAGGCAGCCCUGUUUAGGGAAGCUUUUACUGUUUAAUAGGUUAUUGUAUUUUAAUAUUCUGUUGGAAGCCGCCCAGAGUGGCUGGGGAAACCCAGCCAGAUGGGCAGGGUAUAAAUAAUAAUAAUAAUAAUAAUAAUAAUAAUAAUAAUAGAAUUUAAGCAGAGGUUGGAUGGCUAUCUGUCAUGGAAUUGGCCUAGGUGAGCCUUUGGAAUCCCUUGCAAUUCUACGACCAUCUUCUUUCCUACAAGGAGCUCAAAGUGGCAUGCCUAGUGCUCCCCCUCAUUUUAUCCUCACAACGACCCUGUGGGGUAGGCUAGGCUGAGGGAAAGCGGCUGUCCCCCAAGGGCUCCCGGGGGGGGGGGGGAGCUUCUUGUGGCCAAAUGGGGUGAUUUGAACCCUGGUCUCUCCUCCCAGGUCUGACACUCUACACCAGGGGUGGCCAACUCCCGAGCGACUGCGAUCUACUUUCAGAAUUAAAAUCUGGCAGUGAUCUAUCCCCCACUUUUGGGGGGUUCAGGUCAAAGUUGUUGAACUUUUCUUAGGGAGCUUUUUCCAUUUUUGGGGGGGUGUUAGAGGCAAGGGUCAAAGGGAAAAAGUCACUCACAAUAAUAUCGCUUUGAAUGAUAACAGCCACAGAGGGAAAGCUCUGUCUUCCUUUCCACUUAUCAGACAACAAUGGAGGGCAGGGCAGGAGUCAGUUUCAACGACGCUGAGGAAAGGUAGCCAGAGAUCAAACAGCGAUCGACCAAGACCUCGCAGGGAUCUACCAGUAGAUCGCGAUCGACCUGUUGGACAUCCCUGCUCUACACCAUGUUGGCUGUCCAAAAGGAAUUAACAGGGAGUGCCGAGAGGAAAUGUAAUAUUACAUUUACUUGUAAUAGUGCAUACUUCCAAAUCCCAAGAUUUAUUUAUUGAAUAUCUUGGUUUUUUUUAAAAAAAUUAGCAUUUCAAAAAUGUACGUCAAAGCGGUUUACAGCAAUAAAAACAGAACCGUGGAAGAAAACCAUAGAAAAAGUUAAAAAUGCAAAGAGGUAAAGACCAAUGAAAAGGCAGGCGAAAGAAGAAGAAAACGGUGUUAGCAAUAGAAAAUCCCUAAUGUGAAAUAAGUAGCCGGAGGUGCAAUGAGGUCUAGCAGCUUGCUUUGCUUGUUUUGUGUUUUGGAAAAAAAAAAGGAAAUCGUUGUUCUCAGAUUGCCGUUUGCAUUUCUCUCCUUUGGAAACAGGAACGAACGACAAGCCCGGGAGCCCCCACUACAUCCUGCGCUGGACGUCCCCCCAAGCCGUCAAAGAAACCCAUGCACCCCUGGGGGACUGGAAGUAUCCGUACAUGCAGUGAUGCAGCUCUUGACGGUGCCUUUAUCUUGGAGCCGCAGUUGGGUUACUGACCCACCGCACUGUGGAUCUGCUAAAGUAGUGGCAAUCUCUCGUAAUGCACAGGUGUAUUUAGGAACUGAUGCCCCUUCCCCAAAUCCCUUGGGGGAACCUUAUUUCCUGUUUUGGAGGAAACAUUGAGGCUCAGUGCAAUGUUAGCCUUUGGAAUAACCUUUAAUUAUUAAUAUUAUUUUAAUCUUUAAAAAGCUCUCUUAAUUUCAACACAUUUUAAACCUUGGUAGGAUUCCAGAUAUGCUGAGCUAAGCCCUCUUGAUCCAGGUCUCUAAAAAGUUUGCAUCAUUCUAUUUUUCCACCUUAAACUGUGCCCUGCUCCCGCCUGGGCAGAGGAAUACAGUUUCUCUGCCAAGCGCAGCUUUGUUAAAAUGUUGGUUCAUAGGGGCAUUUGCUUGUCUGAGCUGACCCUGAAGCCUUUGCACUCAGAGUUGUGGAUUGGAAAAAGAGGGUUGCAUCCCCCAAAAGACCUCUGGUUUCAGACUGAGCAUAGAUCGUAUCAGCAGUGAGCACUGCAAUCUUUCUGACCUGUGUGACCUGUUCCUUCCAACCCCUGUGGGGUUUUGUGGGGUUUUUUGGAUAGAAUCUCCAAAACCCAAGUUCCCAUUGGCCAAUAUUAUUUGGACAACAGUGCCUCUUUCUUUAUAAACCUCACCUGCUGUAGAUUUGAUCACUCAAGUGGGGCUAGGCAAAGGUGAUUUUCUUUUUUUUUAAGGAUGCCUAUUUUUGCAGCCCAGAUAUUUUUAUCCAGAUUCUGGCAUCAACUUUCCAAAUAAAAUAAAAGAAGGAUUCUUUGGAGGGGAAAGUUAAAAUGGAAUGAUUGAUUUGUGGGCGGCUAACAUGCAAUAUGUUUAACAGCUCAACACGGCUGUUAAAUUCAGUGUUAAUAAUAAUGUAAUAGGGUGUAUAUUUGUAUGUGCCUUUGGAACAAAGAGAGCUUAGUAAAUCUGAUUAAGAUUUUAUGCGUUUUCGGACUUGGCUUAUUAAAAUACGCUUACUUAGGGAAGGGGUGGGGAAGUCAGGGCACCGCUGAGUUGCUUGAUGGGAAGUUUUGUGGUUUGAGAUCCUGAGAGCCAGAUACAGAGGUCUGGAGGGCCACAUUCUGCCAUUGGGCUUGAGGAUUUCAAUUCAUGUGACAUGCACACGCUUGAGUUUGCUCAGGUUAGCUGGAUCAGGGGGUUAGAGGCAACUUUCCUCCGGUGUAGGAACCCAGCUCUUGGGGAUCCCACAAGUGGGAAUCUGUGGGUGAAAACCUUUUAGCGUUGGGUUGAAUGAGGCCACGUGUCAUACUGUUAGCGGAAAAAUCCGAGGGCUCCCUUGGACAAAAACAAAGACACCAACCAGGAUAACUUGGAGCAAAACGGCAGCCUGUAGUCUUGGCCUUUAUUGAAUACUGUUGCGACAGGACUCCCACCCGCAACAAUAUGAAGCAAAAUGGAAGUCCAGAACAAUAGAAGACCCCAACUUUUAUUAGUUACUAAUCCCCCAAACUACACCCCUAAGACUACAUCACAACUACAUCACAAAAAGGAGGGGUUGAGGGAGGAGUUGUGGAGGUAACCUGAGUAUCUUGUCACCUGGCUGGUUCCUCCUCUCCCCCUCCCCAUGAGUCAUUUCCAGAGGACAAAAGGGAGUUGGCAGUUUCCUGCCCCCAGAGGGAAGAUCUGACCAUUGUCCUUUGUUCCAGUCCAUGUUCAAUCCACUUCCAUUUGCAAGUCCUUUGUGACCUUGAUGGUCUUGUCUGGGACCAUCAAGGUUGUCAUGCCAACUGGGUAGGGCUCCUGUGUAUGUGCUGGUAUGGUUAAGGGAUUAUGGCCAUCCUGUAUCAAACCAUCCCCCUGUGAUAGUCCUUCCUUCAUGGAGUAAAAUAAAAGUAAGGUAAAGGUAAAGGGACCCCUGACUGUUAGGUCCAGUCGUGGUCGACUCUGGGGUCGCGGCGCUCAUCUCGCUUUAUUGGCCGAGGGAGCCGGUGUACAGCUUCCGGGUCAUGUGGCCAGCAUGACUAAGCCGCUUCUGGCGAACCAGAGCAGCACACGGAAACGCUGUUUACCUUCCCACCGGAGCAGUACCUAUUUAUCUACUUACACUUUGAGGUGCUUUCGAACUGCUAGGUUGGCAGGAGCAGGGACCGAGCAACGGGAGCUCACCCUGUCGAGGGGAUUCAAACCGCUCACCUUCUGAUCAGCAAGUCCUGGCUCUGUGGUUUAACCCACAGCGCCACCCGCGUCCCUCCAAAAUAAAAGUGGACCGGUGUAAAUCCGAUGUAUGGUUG